CGUGACCUCCAUGUGGGAGCUACAGCUCCCCUAAGUAAACACUCGGCGCGGCCCGGACUCGGCUUCUUCCCAUUUGUGAGGCGGAGGCUGCCAUAGCGCCUCGGGGCCAGUUCCGGUUUUCCCUCCUCCUCUGCUGGGCUGGGCGGGCGCGCGGUCUGGGAGGCGCCGCCGCUGCGAGUCCGACCGCGAGUCUGGUCCGUCUUCCUCGCCCGUGCGCGCGCGCGCGCUCGCUCGCCUGCCCGCGGCGGAGAUCCGGAGCCGCCCGGGAAGGCAGCGCGGGCCAGGCGGGGCGCGGCGUCCCGAGCACCGGGGGAGACAAAGGGGAACCCGGCCUCCUUUUCCUGGUACCAAGAUGUGGAUCCAGGUUCGCACCAUCGACGGCUCCCAGACGCGCACCAUCGAGGACGUUUCUCGCAAAGCCACCAUUGAAGAGCUACGCGAGCGGGUCUGGGCGCUGUUCGACGUGCGGCCCGAGUGCCAGCGUCUCUUCUACCGGGGCAAACAGUUGGAAAAUGGAUAUACUUUAUUUGACUAUAAUGUUGGACUGAAUGAUAUAAUUCAGCUACUAGUACGCCCAGACUCUGAUCUUCCUAGCACAUCUAAACAGACUGAUAUACAGGCUAAACCCUGUUCUAAUAGUCCACCUAAAGUAAAGAAAACUGCAAGGGUGGGAUCUUCCAGUCAGCCAUCUACAUCAGCUCGUGCUUGUCUCAUUGAUCCUGGCUUUGGACUGUAUAAGGUAAAUGAAUUGGUGGAUGCCAGAGAUGUCGGCCUUGGUGCUUGGUUUGAAGCACAUAUACAUAGUGUUACUAGAGCUUCUGAUGGACAUUCACGUGGCAAAACUCCACUGAAGAAUGGCAGUUCUUAUAAAAGGACUAAUGGAAAUGUAAAUCAUAAUUCCAAAGAGAACACAAAUAAAUUGGACAAUGUACCCUCUACGUCUAAUUCAGACUCUGUUGCUGCUGAUGAAGACGUUAUUUAUCAUAUCGAGUAUGAUGAGUAUCCAGAAAGUGGCACAGUAGAAAUGAAUGUUAAGGAUCUUCGACCACGAGCAAGAACCAUUUUGAAAUGGAAUGAACUAAAUGUUGGUGAUGUGGUAAUGGUUAAUUACAAUGUAGAAAAUCCGGGAAAAAGAGGAUUUUGGUAUGAUGCAGAAAUUACCACACUGAAGACAAUCUCAAGGACCAAAAAAGAACUUCGUGUGAAAAUUUUCCUGGGGGGUUCUGAAGGAACAUUAAAUGACUGCAGAGUAAUAUUUAUAGAAGAAAUCUUCAAAAUUGAGAAGCCUGGAGCCCAUCCUAUUUCAUUUGCAGAUGGAAAGUUUUUAAGGAAAAAUGACCCUGAAUGUGACCUGUGUGGAGGAGACCCAGAUAAGAAAUGCCAUACAUGCUCUUGUCAUAAAUGUGGUGAGAAACGGGAACCCAAUAUGCAGCUUCUGUGUGAUGAAUGUAAUAUGGCCUAUCAUAUUUACUGCCUGAACCCACCAUUGGAGAAAAUACCAGAAGAAGAAUAUUGGUAUUGUCCUUCCUGUAAAACUGAUUCCAGUGAGGUUGUAAAGGCUGGAGAAAAACUCAAGAUGAGUAAAAAGAAAGCAAAGAUGCCUUCUUCUAGUACUGAAAGCCGGAGAGACUGGGGCAGGGGAAUGGCUUGUGUUGGUCGUACAAAAGAAUGUACUAUUGUCCCUUCUAAUCAUUAUGGACCUAUUCCUGGUAUUCCUGUUGGGUCAACUUGGAGAUUUAGAGUUCAGGUGAGCGAAGCAGGUGUUCAUAGACCCCAUGUUGGUGGAAUUCAUGGUCGCAGCAAUGAUGGGGCUUAUUCUCUUGUCUUGGCUGGAGGAUUUGCAGAUGAAGUAGACCGAGGUGAUGAAUUCACAUACACUGGAAGUGGUGGUAAAAAUCUUGCUGGUAAUAAAAGAAUUGGUGCACCAUCAGCUGAUCAAACAUUAACAAAUAUGAACAGGGCAUUGGCCCUAAACUGUGAUGCUCCAUUGGAUGAUAAAGUUGGAGCAGAGUCUCGAAAUUGGAGAGCUGGUAAGCCAGUCAGAGUGAUACGCAGUUUUAAAGGGAGGAAGAUCAGCAAAUAUGCUCCUGAAGAAGGCAACAGAUAUGAUGGCAUUUAUAAGGUGGUGAAAUACUGGCCAGAGAUUUCAUCCAGCCAUGGUUUCUUGGUUUGGCGCUAUCUUUUGAGAAGGGAUGAUGUUGAACCUGCACCUUGGACCUCAGAAGGAAUAGAACGAUCAAGGAGAUUAUGUCUGCGUUUACAGUAUCCAGCAGGUUACCCAUCAGAUAAGGAAGGGAAGAAAACCAAGGGACCAUCAAAGAAACAGACCAGUGAAGCCACAAAAAGGCCUACUUCAGAUGAUGAAUGUCCAAGUGCCUCCAAGAUUGUGAAAGCAUCAGAUCCAGCAGAAGCUGUCGAGGCUUUCCAGCUCACCCCACAGCAGCAGCGCCUCAUCAGAGAAGACUGUCAGAACCAGAAGCUGUGGGAUGAAGUGCUUGCGUCUCUUGCAGAAGGACCAAAUUUUUUGAAAAAGUUGGAACAGUCUUUUAUGUGUGUUUGCUGCCAGGAAUUAGUUUACCAGCCAGUGACAACAGAGUGCUUGCACAACGUAUGUAAAGAUUGCUUGCAGCGCUCCUUUAAGGCCCAGGUUUUCUCCUGCCCUGCUUGCCGGCAUGAUCUUGGCCAGAAUUACAUCAUGAUUCCCAAUGAGAUUCUGCAGACCCUGCUUGACCUUUUCUUCCCUGGCUACAGCAAAGGACGAUGAUCUGUCUACACCUGUUGUUCCUGGUGGCUUUUUGGACAAUAAAGAAUCUAAAUGGGAAGGGAGGGUUGAAGCAAUGGUGGACCAUAUCUCACAUUCUGAAGCCACUCCUCUGUCCCACAUAGCCAUCACCUUGUAUGUGUAGUAAGAGGCCCAUUUCUCACCUGUCUUUUAAAUAUCAAAAGGUAGUUUCUGUGAAUAACAACUAGUUUUAAUGAGUUAAAAAGUCGAAGCCUCAGCUCUAGUUGAUAUCCAAAUUUUGAUUUAUUUUGCAACUACCUCAGGACAGAAAAGUUUUAUGGGGAUUUUAAAAAUCAUUGAAUAAGGACAGAAAAGAUUUAUGGGGAUUUUAGAAAUCAUUGACUAAUUAGUUAAAUGAGAUUUUAGCUACACACUGCCUCCCAAAUAUUAGUUGUGCCUGGUUCUUGUCAUUUGAUUUUACAAAAAGAGAUGACACUUGAGAUUCUUGGAAUGAACGAAGCUUCUGUAGUAUGCAUAAUACUUUUUUUAAUGUCCCUUCUUCCAUUACAGUGUGUGUUUUGCAAGGUCAGGUUCAUUUUAAGCCCAUUUUGUGAACGCCAUUGUGCUUUUUUUCCUAGUGUUUUAUGCAAGUUGACUACUAAUAACUAAGGAGAACAGUAUGAAUGCAUUGUUACUGCAUUAGUGUAAUGUGGUGUGGUUUUGCAGUUCAGAGGUAUUCACAUGCUCUAGUUGUAAAUGUUCAUAAAAAGCCACUUCUGUACUAGUCAAAUUGCUUUUAGUGAGUCUUACCAGUGGUUUUACAUCUGCAGAGUAUUGAGGGCUGUACUGACUUUUAAGAAGAUUGAAAUUGCUUCAUAUUGUGAUCCUAAAUUUUAUAUUCACUAUAUUCCUUAAAGUAUACCUUAAUAAAUAUUUUAUGAUCAGAAACUAGCUCACUUUGCUUUACUUUGCUACAUUUUUCUGGCUUGUGUUAUGGAUUUUUGCUAAUCAAGUAUUGGUUUUCAUUGUGUCUAUUAAAACAGCCACUUAUACUCUGAUGCCAACUAGAAUGAAGUCUUGCACUAAGAACAAAUUUUAUCCUCGGUUUUGUUUUUUUAAAUUCUAAACGGGAAAUAUUUUCAAAGUAAGAUAAUGACUGUUCUAUUGUAUGUAAUUCCUAAACUGUGUUCAUUUUUAGCAUGAGUCCUACCUUAUAUUUCAAACAUGAGAAUAUUUUAAAACAUUGUGCUGUUCUCAAUACUGCUGUAUUUUAUCAUUGAAGUUUUAAUGUGAUCACGUCAUUCUUCCCACCUCUACUUUCACAUACACAUAUAUUGGCAACAUUUACUAAAUAUUUGUGCUAGUCACUCACACAUUAUACACUGAAU